AAUCUACUGCGACUUCAGAAUCUCAUUUAUACAGAAAAGAUUGUGAUACAAAUAAUUUACAUUGGCCCGUAGUGUUAUUAAAUAGUUAUGCCUCACACAUCGCGAGCAGAUGAGGCUUUGAAGAGAAAGUCCCAACAAGCUUUGCAAUCAGGUGCUGUUGAAUGUCCUAUCGAAACAUUACGGUUGCAAUGUUUGUCUAGAGGAUCUUCUGGCAUUAUGGGUUUAGGAAGGGUAUUUAAAAUUAUGGACGAUGAUGGUAGUAGAACAUUGGAUUUCAAUGAAUUUAAGAAGGGAUUGAGAGAUUAUGGCCUUUAUCUUGAACCAAAGGAAGUUAAGGGUGUGUUUGAGGCUUUUGACAAAGAUGGAAGUGGUAGUCUAGAUUUUGACGAAUUUCUUGUAACACUCAGGCCGCCAAUGAGUAAUGCUCGGAAAAGAGUAAUCAAUGAAGCAUUUAAGAAGUUAGAUAAAACAGGGGAUGGAAAUAUCACCAUUGAAGAUCUUCGAGGUGUCUAUAAUGUCAAACAUCAUCCUAAGUACCGAAAUGGAGAAUGGACUGAAGAACAAUGCUUCAGAACAUUCUUAGACAGUUUUGAUACUCCAGAUGAUAAAGAUGGACGGAUCACAAUGGAUGAAUUUCUCAACUAUUACAGUGGUGUCAGUGCUUCUAUUGACAAUGAUGCUUACUUUGAUCUUAUGAUGAGGAAUGCUUACAAACUUAAAUAGAUUAUGAAAGACAAUUCAACUACCAAAUGUUCCUGGUCCCACUGCAUACUCUAGUCUGUUAAUUAAUUGGUAGGGGAUUUCAGGAAAGCUCAAGAUAAGCUAGGGAUACCAAUAUAACAAAUUUACUAAUAUAUGAUGUACAGUAUAUAUAUAUCUUAUCUAUUACUUCUUAGGACCUUUAUAUCUAUUGCAUCCAGAAACAGUAAUGUACUUUUGCAAUUCGCGAGGUCAGAAAUAAAACACUCAGGGUAUAUUAACCAGAUCAGAUAAGAUACGUAAGAUAGUCAAUCACACACUCAUGUUACAUGGUAACGAGUUUGUUUGAUGCAGGCAAUAAAUGAUGCUGCUAAAGUUGCUAAAGUAAAGAGUAGGAAAGGUCUUCGCUAGUUUCUGAGUGCCUACGACACAUGCUUUUAGAAUUUAGAUUUUAGAUAUUUCAUAUUUGUCCUGAAGCCUGCACUCGACAAAUUUCAGCACGGAGAAUUUGACUUGCGAGUUUGGCUAUUGAUAGACUGUGUCUGUGGGGCUAUGUUGAAUAUACACAACAGUGUAGUCACUGUAUUGUCACUAUAUGAGUGUAUGUCUGUAUAGUCAUUGGUCACUCUGGACAGUUCAAUGCUCUGGGCCGUCUGGUGUCGUGUCCCAGUAUUCGCUUGAAGAAAAAUGUGAGAAUUUUGGACAAACGCGAGGACAGCGAGGUUCUCAGUUUUCACUUUUUUUUUCAGACAAAUUCGCAGCAUAGAAAUGAGCAUUAUAUAAAUGAAAGGUCUCAGACUAGUCACGACUUUACGUAAUGUCUGCUGCAUGCAUGGUAUGGGGAUAUUGGAAACUAAACAGUAGGGAAUAUCGCUUCUGUACGUACAUAUUGCAUCAUUGGCUUUUUAUUGCGUUUUUGGCAGCACGUAUGUAAAUAUAUACAGUAUUCUAAACUAUGAUAUUACAAUUAAUGCAUUAAUUUUAAAUC